AUGAGGCCGCUGCGGCGGGCAGCGCGCGGGGCCGAGCUGCUGUGCGCCUGCGACGUGCCGCACUGCACCGCGUCCACGUGCGCAGGCAAGGUGUGCUUCGUGAGCAAGAGCCGGGAGCAGGGCCACGUGACGCGCAGCCGCGGCUGCUUCUCCCGGCACCUGCUGGAGAACUGCCGCGGGCCCGUCAUGGAGCACUUCGGCACGCGCUGCUGCAACGCCAGCAUGUGCAACGCCCGCCUCGACGUCUACCUGCAAGGCGAGGAGGUGCCGGCUGCGGAGCCGGCGCUGCCGCGGCUGCUCCUGCCCAUCGUGGUGCCGCUGCUGGCUCUGGCGCUCCUCGCGGCGCUCGCGGCGCUCUUCGCCUGCAAGCUGGCGCAGCACCGCCGCUCGGCAGCGCGCAGCCGCGCCGGCGACGCCGACCUCGCGCUCAAGGCCUCCCUGGUCGGCGACAGCACCCUGGAGGACCUGCUCAACGACGACUGCACCACGGGCAGCGGCUCGGGGCUGCCCUUCCUCGUGCAGCGCACGGUGGCCCGGCAGAUCGCGCUCGUGGAGUGUGUGGGCAAAGGGCGCUAUGGCGAGGUGUGGCGCGGCGUGUGGCACGGUGAGAGCGUGGCCGUGAAGAUCUUCUCCUCGCGGGACGAGCAGUCGUGGUUCCGCGAGACGGAGAUCUACAACACGGUGCUGCUGCGGCACGACAACAUCCUGGGCUUCAUCGCCUCGGACAUGACGUCAAGGAACUCCAGCACGCAGCUCUGGCUCAUCACCCACUACCACGAGCACGGCUCCCUCUACGACUACCUGCAGCGCACGGCGCUCGACAGCGCCGCCUGCCUGGCGCUCGCCUCCUCCAUCAUCUGCGGCCUCGUGCACCUGCACGUGGAGAUCUUUGGCACGCAGGGCAAGCCCGCCAUCGCCCACCGCGACCUCAAGAGCAGGAACAUCCUGGUGAAGAGCAACCAGCAGUGCUGCAUCGCCGACCUGGGGCUGGCCGUCAUGCACUCGCAGGGCAGCGACUACCUGGACAUGGGCCACAACCCCCGUGUGGGCACCAAGCGCUACAUGGCCCCCGAGGUGCUGAGCGAGCAGAUCCGCACCGACUGCUUCGAGUCCUACAAGAAGACGGACAUCUGGGCCUACGGGCUGGUGCUCUGGGAGAUCGCCCGGCGCACGGCCGUCAACGGCAUCGUGGAGGAGUACCGGCCGCCCUUCUUUGACGCGGUGCCCAGCGACCCCAGCUUCGAGGACAUGCGGAAGGUGGUGUGCGUGGACCAGCAGACCCCCGUGGUGCCCAACCGCCUCUACUCCAACGCGGUGCUGGCGGUGCUGGCGAGGGUGAUGAAGGAGUGCUGGUACCAGAGCCCCUCUGCCCGCCUCACCGCCCUGCGCAUCAAGAAGACGCUCAAGAAGCUCGGCCAGGCCCUGGAGAAGCCCAAGCAGGACGAGUGAGAGGGGUCCCCGCCGCGGCCUUCCUCCCUGGCCGAGAAAAGGCAAAAAAAAAUCCCCAAAAGCAGCUUUUCUGGCCCGUUUUUAGAGCCUCCUCGGGCUGCCCUCACCCACAGACAUCCCA